CAUUUCCAAUGUUGGAGAAACUGGUACUCUCUGAUGGGAGCCUCUUUGAACAUAUUUGGAAUUCUCAGAUUCCAGCAAGCUCCUCUAGAAAACUAAGAGACUUGAUGGUAACUCGGAGCAGCAAAUUGUUAAAUUUCCCUCCUAACCUGCUACAGAGGUUUGAGGCUGUUGAAGAACUCAGUAUGUAUGAGUGUAGUUCAUUAGAAGGUGUAGUAACCUUCAACCGGGAAGGACUUAAUGCCAUAGUAAGACAGGGAUUUCUGGUCUUCAACAACCUAACAGGUCUGGCAGUUGGUCGUUGCAACAGGGUGAUAUAUUUGUUCUCUCUCUCAAUAGCAACAACAGGUCUCGCCCAACUUCGGAGACUAUAUAUUUAUUCCUGUUGUUCGAUUGAAGAAAUAGUGAGAAAUGAAGAAGAAGGAGCAAAAGAUGCUAUAGAUAAAAUUGGAAUUCUGCUCCCUCGGUUAGAGUAUCUGCGUCUCUACGAUCUACCAAACCUGAGAAGCUUCUGUGAGCCAAAUAAUAUUGCUUUUCAAUUGCCAUCCUUAAUUCACAUCUAUGUUAAGGGGUGUGACCAAAUUUGGACCACAUCAGGCACAAGAAAGCCAGUGACAAGUUUAUUUGGUCAUCAUAUUCACAAGACCCUUGAGCAAAAAAUUAAUCAUGGUUUGCAGAGCAACAAAUUAAUCAUGGAAUGGCGACGGCCAAGAGAUGAUGAAACAAAUGAAGAUGAAGUUGAAGGAGAGAGCUCGGGGCAACAAUUAUAACACACCAAGUGUGAUUUGUCCGGUCAUGCUUUGCUCUAUCAACAGUGUGCUUUAAGUCAUGGAAGAAUUCUUAGUGUUGCCAUGCAAAGCUAAAUUGUUUAACUACCGCUAUUGUGCCAAGGUAUAAGUGUGUGCCUAAAUAAACAAAUAAAUUCAAGUUAGUAUGUGUUUUAACUAUCCCCUCCCCCC